UGCCGGCUGGGCCUGAAUGGGCAUGGAGCCCUCUAAUCAGCGUCUGGAAGAUGAGAAAAACGUGCUACCGCCGUAUAAGAAGCGAAGAUUGGAGCGACAACUACGUGCUGAAAACAUCUUGGAGCAAGGAUUCAAACCCAAUGGAGGACCGUGGCUCCGCAGUGAUACUAAGCACCGGCAGACUGCCCCUAUUUUCUUACUCCCGCCCGAGAUUCUACACAAUAUCUUCUCCAGGUUGACUAUAAAAGACAGACGAAGCUCAGCCCAAGUUUGUAAGCUGUGGUGGUCAAUAAUUAGAUGCUCUAUAUCAAAUCGAUGUCUGACGAUAAGACGGAAGGGUCCCGGUUCGGUAUACGUUCACUUUCUGAGAGUAUCACCCUUGCUGAAGGAGGUGAAGAUUUUUCGACGAGGGGAUUUGUCAGUAUUCUUACGAACUCUCAAAUAUAAUAAUCCUCUGUUGGAAGUGCUCAAAAUCGUGGGCAAACGCCUAAAACUUGACUGGCUUCGGCCGCUAGACGAUUAUCAUUUCGCCAAUUUGAGGGUCCUAACACUUAAAUCGAUAACUAUUAACCUAGACGGCGCCACGAACGUAUUUUCAAGACUGAAGAACUUGAAACAGUUGGAGAUUCACGAGUGCGAUUCUGAUGGCUCGAUCAUGGACGUGCUUAGCUCCAGUGAUAUUCAAUUAGAAGAAUUCGUUUAUGAAAAAUCAACGUACAGACCUUUUGCGUGGGUGACGGAAAAAACUCUCGAGGCAUUUUUCGCAAAGAUGGGCCCGACUUUGAGAAGCUUCAAGUUAGGGAUCCCCGAUGUGCCGUUCCGUAUACCGAGAAUCAGUGAAAACUGCGUGGUUUUGAACUUUUUCCAUCUUCGCAUCGCGUGGACCUGCGUGGAUGAAUCGUGGCUCCAGCAGUUGGGGGCAUUGAGACACUUGCAGCACCUCAAUUUGUACAAAAUUGACAAAAUUUCGCCCGCCGUGUGGUGCAAUCUCCUCUCUCAACCUCAUUUAACCGGACAGCUCAAGACUCUUGGACUCUGUUACAGCAGACUACUGGACGACUCUGUGUUUCAGACUAUCGGCGACAAAUUGAAGAAUUUGGAAUCGGCAUCUCUCCACUGCUCUGAUAUAGGAAAAUCAGCGCUGCAGCACGUCAUAAAGAACUGUUCCGGAUUGAAAACCUUAAAACUUUCCGAAAUCUCAUCACGGGUAAUUCUCCCAAGUUUGCCUUUAAUCCCGGAGUAUUUACCAAACCUUCGAGUUCUAACCUACCGGCCGACCUUCUCUGCCGAGUCUCAUUUAUUGCACAGGGAGCAGUUGAAAAUUGCCAUGCCCAACUUAAAAAUCAAUUAUGCCUUCACCUGCGCCGAUUAUUUAAGAUAAUCCAAGUGUCAAAUACAAUAUUCGUCAUUUUUCCAUUUCCGACUCAAUUCUGGACUGUAUUCGAACGUUUGCCCACAACGGGCAAGAAAGGAAGGGAGAAGAGAUAUAUUGAAUAAGCUGAAAUUUUUGUAAAUAAAAAUUCUUUCCAACAGUGGAUCUAAGAGAUCAACGUAAAAUUAUGGAAUCAAAUAUUAUUGAGACCGAUGAUUAAUUCUCCUUUAGUGCGUUUCAAGAUUCAACUGACUCGAAUAAUCGAUUGAUCUUCCACUUAAACCUAUCGAAAAGGAUCGACAAACA